UGGACAUCCCAUAAUAUUACUGAGAAUAAGCCGUAAGCCUGGUUCCAUAGAAAUAGUGUUGCUGUCAAGGUAACGCACUUUGGUGUAUUAUAUUUACCUCUUCGGUGUUGAAAGACUGUGAAGUCCAAAAAGGAAGUUCCGCGGUUUUCUUUGGUUUGGUAAGGGCUGGAAGUGUUUAGCUAGCUUCUUGCUGCUAACUUAACGGAAGUUGUGGUCGAUUAAAAGAAUCGAAGGCAUGGAAGACGAGCCGCCCUCCAGAAAGACAGAGGAGGGUGGUUCAUCUAAGCGGUCACAGAGGCCGCAGGACCGUCAGGGAAAACUUCCAAGGAGACGCAAAGAGGUGAAGAGGUCUCUUCGGAAGCCGGACUGUCCAGAACACCUGUCGGGGGGAAGUGCGCAUUGGUUGCCUGAGCAGCCCGGAUCAGAAGCCUCUGUAUCAGUGGAGGACACUGCUGAGAGUUGCCCAAAAAGAUGGGAUAGAUGCAGACGAGGCCACUUUCUACAUGGACCAUAUCCUGCUACACAUUUUGGACCCAAAGCUUGCGUUCUUCCCAACCCAACCUCAGUCAUGCACAUUCAGGACCCGGCCAGCCAGCGGCUUACCUGGAGCAAACCGCCGCUCAACGUCCUGGUGAUCAGAAAGAUCCGAGAUGAGACCCUUCUGGAGCCGUUCAAAGAGCUUUGCAGGUUCCUCGUGGAGGAGAAACAUCUGAUGGUUUAUGUGGAGAAGAAAGUAGUGGACGAUGGCUCUCUCAUGAUGGAUGAUUCAUUUUCAGCCAUUCGCAAUCAGCUGUGCACCUUCAGGGAAGGGUAUGAUGACAUCUCGGACUGCAUCGAUCUGAUUAUUUGUUUGGGUGGGGAUGGGACUCUUCUGUAUGCAUCGUCUCUUUUCCAGGGCAGUGUUCCCCCGGUCAUGGCCUUCCAUCUGGGCUCUUUAGGAUUUCUCACACCAUUCAAGUUUGAGUCAUUUAAAACAGAAGUGGAUAAAGUGUUUGAAGGUAAUGCUGCCAUCAUCCUGCGCAGUCGUCUGAAGGUUAAGGUGGUGAAAGGCAUGUUUCAGAGGAACGAGCAGCUCUUCAGCGCUGAGGAGAACGGAGUAGUGCCUCAUAACCACAUAAAUAGCGAGGCAGGCAAAAUCACGCUACAGUUACAGGUGCUAAAUGAGGUGGUGGUGGACAGAGGGCCUUCAUCCUACCUUUCUAAUGUUGACCUUUAUCUGGAUGGACGCCUCAUCACAUCUGUACAGGGAGACGGUGUAAUAGUUUCCACUCCUACAGGCAGCACGGCCUAUGCUGCCGCAGCGGGAGCCUCCAUGAUCCACCCCAAUGUCCCUGCCAUCAUGGUCACCCCCAUCUGUCCUCACUCCCUCUCUUUUAGACCCAUUGUGGUGCCCGCAGGAGUGGAGCUUAUGAUAACGCUGUCGCCUGACGCUCGCAACACAGCCUGGGUCUCGUUUGAUGGCAGGAAGAGGCAGGAGAUCCAGCAUGGGGACAGCAUCAAGAUUACAACCUCUUGUUUUCCGGUCCCUUCUAUCUGUUGUCAUGAUCUGGUGUACGACUGGUUUGACAGUCUGGCUCAGUGUCUGCACUGGAACGUCCGCAAGAAGCAAACACGUCUAACAGAUGCCAGCGACUCUUCAGAAACUGAGAACUGAAACGCCAUCAUGAAACACACACAAGCGCUUUCACAGUCUGUUGAUUUUACAUUCCAGAACAUCUCAGAUUUCCAUCUUGCCUCAGUGAAAAGGGGGUUCGAGUUCAGAAUUCUUAUUUUUACAUUACACAGCAUAUUUCUACGUUCAUAGAUUUACACAUUUCAUUAUAGAUCGCAAUAAGUGCUCUUGUGUGAAAUAAUACAUUUAAUGUUAGAGGUUAGGCUGGAAAACUUACAAUUUGAACUCGGAAGUGUCAUGUGUGACUGCUACACAUCAUUAUGCAGACGUUAUUUCUUAAAGGACGUGAUAAAUAACUGAUCCAGUUAUGUUAUUAUUAUUUAAAAUAUCAUUUAUUAAGAUUUAUUACUUACAGAACCACUAACAUUUAAACCUGUACUGUAGAUUAUGUAUGCAUCCACUUCUUAAUAGUUUAAAAAACAAGUUACAAAUCCUCCACCACUUGAAAUACACAUUAUAGUAGGACAUGUGUUGUGAUUCACUCACUAAGCAUAAAAUGUUUAUUUAAAGUUAUAAAGUUUUUAUGCUGCGUAACUGUAGCUGUUAGCCAAAAUUUACCACAAACUUUCCUCAUCUCCAAACAGACAAAGCUAGGCUUUCUAUGUGGUUUGUCAUGAUGGCGGUUCCUCAUUUGUAAUACAUUUCAUGGGAAGCCAUGCUUUGUCAUUUCAACAUGUUGACAGUAAUGUGUGACACCAUUGUAUGUUCAGCUACUAAGUUUGAAUAUGGUUUAUCAGACUUUUCCCUGUAGCUCGCUCAAGCUUGUUGUUUGAUUUCCAUUCAGACUAACCUGUGCAGAGCCUUCCUGAUUAUGAAUCAUAUAACUUUAGUGUUUGUUAGGUUUGAUGGCUGUCAAGCCCAACUAGUUCUUGUGAAAGAACAUUGUAGCCUCCCUGUGGCGGCACAGGAUGUUGCAUUUUCAAAACCACAUUUCUAAAGCCAUCCUUAUAGUUUAAUAUUUAAUAUACUCUCUAAGCAGUCAUCUAUUCAUUUACAGAUGCACUGUAUGUUUUGUUUUCUCAUUAUGUAUUACUGGCCCUGAAAGGGCAUAUUAUGUUAUUGCAUAAGAACUAAUAUAGCUGAAUGUAUGUAAGCUGUUUAUAGUUUGGUGUAAAUAAGAGGUCCUAUGACGUGUUUGUCUCAUUUGUAAUAUUUCAAUAAAUUUUUCUUUUUAUCUUC